AACAAAUUUAACAAUUGAGUAUAUGAACCCUAAUUUUUAAUUAUCCCAUUCUUUUUACGAUGGUUUGUCUCAGUACUUUCCUGAGGUAAAUCGUUUUCUGUUCUCACCAGCCAUUAGUUUCCAUCGCAAACUCGCUGCAUGACCAUUACAUGUUGCCGAGAGUCGUUCCACCAUUCAACUUUCAACCCCAUUGAGGUAUCAGGCAGAGCUUCCUUGGGACUAAGGGGGGCCGCGGCCACCCAAAAAAAAAAUUUUAUAGCCGUCCUCUCUCCCUCUCUCCCUCUUGUUUACAAGUUACAGCCUUCCUCUCUCCCUCCUCCAUAAUCAGAUUCACGAAUCAAUUACGACAAACGUGCAGCCGCCUCUCUACGACAAUCGCUCGUCUGCUCGCUGCGGCCCUGCGGCCGCUCUGCCUGACUGUCUCCGUCCGUGGCCGUUCGUCGCUGCCUCUCUACUUGCCGCAGCCUCAUCAGUCAUCUGUCUCUAUAUCGCGUUGCUGCUUUGUUCAAAAUUACAUGGUAUAUAUAUAUUUGACAUGUUCAGUGUAAUUUCGAGCAUUUGGUUACUGGAAUGAAUAAGGGUACUCAUUCUCUGAAAUGGGUUCUCUUGGAUUUCAUUCAGAGGUGCAAUGAUUUGAGAUCCUUCAAGCAAAUCCAUGCUCAACUUUUGACAUCUGCCCUUGUUGCCAAUGACUUGGUUGUCACCAAAGCUGCAAACUUUUUUGGGAAACAUGUCACUGAUAUUCAUUACCCUUGCAAUUUCUUGAAGCAGUUUGAUUGGAGCUUGAGUUCUUUCCCUUGCAAUUUGAUAAUUUCUGGCUAUGGUGCUGGCCAGUUACCUUGGGAUGCAAUAUUGAUUUAUAGAUGGGUUGUCAGUAAUGGGUUUAUGCCUGAUGUGUACACUGUCCCAGCAGUUUUGAAAUCAUGUGCUAAGUUUUCUGGUAUUGCAGAGGUUAGACAGUUUCAUACAUUAGCUAUUAAGACUGGCUUGUGGUGUGAUAUUUAUGUACAAAACAAUGUUGUUCAUGUUUAUAGCAUUUGUGGCAACAACGUUGAUGCUGGUAAGGUGUUUGAUGAGAUGCUUGUGAGAGAUGUGGUCUCUUGGACUGGUUUGAUAUCCGGGUAUGUGAAGGCGGGGAUGUUCAAUGAGGCCAUUGCAUUGUUUUUGAGAAUGGAUGUGGAGCCUAAUGUGGCAACAUUUGUUAGCAUUCUUGGAGCAUGUGGGAAAUUGGGUUGUUUGAAUUUAGGGAAGGGGAUUCAUGGGUUGGUUUCUAAAUAUCCGCAUGGAAAGGAGUUGGCAGUGAGCAAUACUUUGAUAGAUAUGUAUAUGAAGUGCGAGUCUGUGACUGAUGCAAAGCGAUUGUUCCACGAGAUCCCUGAAAAGGACAUUGUUUCUUGGACUAGUAUGAUAAGUGGAUUAGUUCAAUGCCAGUUUCCACAGGAAUCACUUGAUUUGUUCAAUGAAAUGCAGGGUUCAAGUUUUGAGCCUGAUGGGGUUAUACUAACUAGUGUGCUUUCUGCUUGUGCUAGUCUUGGGUUGCUUGAUUAUGGCAGAUGGGUUCAUGAAUACAUUGAUCGUAACCGUAUCAAAUGGGAUGUUUAUAUAGGAACAUCAUUGGUUGACAUGUAUGCAAAAUGCGGUUGUAUAGAGAUGGCGCAACAUACCUUUGAUUCAAUGCCUUCCAAGAAUAUCCGUACUUGGAAUGCCUAUAUAGGUGGUCUCGCAAUAAAUGGACAUGGGCAAGAAGCAUUGAAACAAUUUGGAUAUUUGGUAGAAUCUGGUACAAGGCCUAAUGAAGUUACAUUUCUAGCUGUUUUUACGGCUUGCUGCCAUUGUGGCUUGGUUGAUGAAGGCCGUAGCUAUUUCAAUCAGAUGAGAAGUCCCCCUUACAAUCUUUCUCCCUGGUUAGAGCACUAUGGAUGUAUGGUUGACUUGCUCUGCAGGGCUGAAUUGGUGCAGGAAGCUAUGGAGUUGAUAAAGAAAAUGCCCAUGCCGCCUGAUGUUCAAAUCCUAGGAGCUCUUUUGAGCGCCUUCAAUACAUAUGGAAAUGUUGGAUUAACUCCAGAAAUGUUAAAAUCACUUUCAAGUUUUGAAUGCCAAGAGAGUGGCGUAUACGUGCUUCUGUCUAAUCUAUAUGCUACUAAUAAGAAAUGGGCUGAAGUAAGAAGCGUUAGGACACUGAUGAAGGAGAAAGGAAUAUCCAAGGCUCCAGGUUCUAGCAUUAUAAGGGUGGAUGGUAAGAGUCAUAAAUUUUUAGUUGGAGAUAAUAGCCAUCCUCAAAGUGAGGAUAUUCACGUUCUAUUAAACAUCCUUGCCAAUCAAAACCUAUCUUGAGGCUCUUUCUUGAUCAAACAGCCAUGCCUGAGCCAAAGCUAAUCAAUCAUCUGAACUCUGAUGAGAGUAGCUACCGUUCCUCAAAUCUGGUGUAGAAUGCAUACCAAAGAAAUAUGCUUGGUUUAAAUUGAAGCUAUGGAAUGUGUCAACUCAUCAACAAUUGGUCAUUACAAAUUUGAAACAGUAAUGUAAUUUAAAUUUGUUGUUUUAGCUAGUACUGAAACAAAGGAGGAGGUAAAGACAGUUCCAAAAGCAGCAACAUAAAAGAAGGCUCUUGCUAAAGCUCCAGAUAAGCCUUUGCCUCAGAUGAUGGAAGAUGAUGUGAUUCCUUCAUUGAAAGCAAUAUUAGAAGCCCAACAAGAUCUCUCUGACAUCGAUCUUGUCUUUCAGGACAAUAUGUUGGAAGGUCCCUUUUUGAAAAAAAGACAAUCCCUACUCGUUUUGGGCCUUCUUUCCUACAGGAAUUACUGGUCCGAAGGGGUUUGCUCUGUCAUCUUAUAACUCCAAAGCAAGUACUGUUGAACCGUUGUUUCUGGUUGAUGAGAAGAAAAUUACUUCAAAAUAGGUUGUCUUUUGGGUUGAAAAACGUUUGACAGCACAGGGGAUUCUUCCUGUAUGGAAAGAUUGAUUCUUGAAAAAGAAUUUUCAUUUGGGUUGCAAGUAAUAAUGUAUACAAUUCAAUAUUCUCUUGUACCUUGGCUCAUUGACUGUGCGGUAUAUGGUAGAUAAAGAGUUGUUUUGACAAUGUACAAUUAAUUUCAUGCUUUGAAAAUUUAGUUUGUGGGAGAAAAUAGAUGACACAGUAAUUUAUAGUAUUGCAUACAACAACAACAAACAUGAUAUUUUGAAGCACGCAUAAAGCCCUAGAAAGCAUUUCUCUGGAGCACAAAAAGAUAUCUAGCCUUCAAUUGACACCUCUUUGACUGAUAUGGACGAAUUAAAGCGGUUUUAUACAGUUUAAAAUGGGUGGCUGCGGAUCCACAUUCCAAGUCCAGCGGUAUCUGCACCAGCUCGAGAGUGCAUAAAUAAUAUAAGUAAGUUAGUACUUUAAUUUUUUUUAGUGUCAAAGUUCGAUUUUUGUAUUUGUAAAUAUCAACAUCAAUGAUUUUAAUUUUAAAUGAGCAAAAUUAAAAGUUUAAA